AUGAGUUUUGAAAUUGAAACUGACAUAGACACUAAUGAAUUUCUGAAAACAAAAUAUGAAAUUGAUGAUAAAGAUAAAAUCGAAAAGGGAAGACAUAGCGAGCUAAAUCAUGCUUUGGCUAAUCAAGAAGUUAAAUUAAUAAUAUUGAAUCACAGUGUUUGCUCUCCAAAUGAUCCAACUGGUUUACUUUAUCACCCAUCUGGUCCAAAUCAUGAUGUAAGAUUUUAUUUUUCUAAACACUCUUCUCGUUAUAAAUGUAAGUCACUUUAUCUCAAAAUAUUGAAGCCCAAUGAUGCAGUUGGUGGAAAAUCUAGUGAAUCUGAUAUGAUUAAUGUAUUGAAUUAG